AAGAGGACAAGUGGGAUCCUCUCCAGACCUAAGUCCAACAGCAGAAGCAGGCAAGAUGGACCUUGGAUGCAUUAUGGGACUGAAGAAUGCUCUCUUCGUGAUGGUCUUCCUGAUUUCUGAUGCUGCUGCCGAGACAAGUCAGGCAUAUUUCGGUGACACUGGAUUGCUGCCAUGCCGCUUUAAAAAUCCUCAAAAUACAAGUCUGGAUGAGCUGGUUGUAUUUUGGCAGAACCAAGAUAAGGUUCUUUAUGAGCUAUAUACAGGCAGUGAAAAUCCUCACAACGUACAUCCCAUGUACAAGGGUCGCACAAGCUUUGACCUGGGCAGUUGGACCUUGAAACUCCACAACAUUGAGAUCAAGGACGAGGGCACAUAUUAUUGUUAUGUCCAUCAUAAGCAGCGCAACAUUGGAAUGGUUCCCAUCUACCAGAUGGGUUUCUAUCUAUCAGUUCUUGCAAACUUUAGUCAACCUGAAAUAAUGGAAAUUUCUAAUGGAACAGAAAAUUCAGGCAUCAUAAAUGUAACCUGCUCAUCCCAACAAGGUUACCCAGAACCUAUCAAAAUGUUUUUUGUUAUAAAAACAGAGAAUUCAUCUGAUGAAUAUAUGGCUAACAUGAUGAUAUAUCAAGAUAAUGUCACAGAAUUGUACAGUGUUUCUGCCAGCCUGUCUUUUCCAGUCCCUCCUGAAGCAAAAAUGGUGAACAUCUCCUGUGCCCUGGAACCUCAAGUAACAAUGGCAACACUUUAUUCUCCAUCUCUCAUUAUAGAUGUAAAGCCAUAUGAACCACCGUCAGUUCCAGACCCCACCCUCUGGCACGUGGCUCUAAUUGUAGCCGUGCUCACAGUGUUUGUGAUGGUGCUCUUUGUAAUGCAAAGGAAAAAGAAGAAGAAGCAGCCUGCCCCCUCUCAUGAAAAUGUAGCCAUCCAAGUGGAAGAAGAAGAGCGUGGACAGCCCAAGGAUAGUGUAGAAUACCACGUACCUGCAAGUUGUGAUGAAGCUCAUUGUGUUGUUAACACUCAGAAAACAGCUACAGAUGACAAAAGUGCUGCACAUUUUUAAUUAAAGAGUAAAGUCUAUCUGACAGUCCAUUUCUUAUAUACUUUUCUUUUCUUUUUUGGCUGGCCUUUUUUCUUAUGUCUCUAAACCUUCCAGAAGGCAAGAACAUAUUACCAUCAGUAAUGGUGUGGGCUCCAGCGUUCCUCUAAUGCCAGCUCUGUUCCCUAUGCCAAAAGCAGAUUUUAUCUACUUCUUUUCAUUCAGAACAUAUUUGUGAACCAAAUCCAUCCGCCUUGUUCCUGGCUUGGGGAUAGUGUUGAGGACUAACACUUGUUCAGAUUCAGACUCUUAACUUUAUAAGCUGUGCCUUAUGCAGAACUUAGAACUCCCAAGCCCUGGAGUAGUGACUUUACAGCCUCUGAGUUGUUAGUGCCCUCUUCAACGAGUACAGUUCGGACUGAAAACCUUCUGACAUUGCUCUGGGUGGGAGCUAUAUAUUUAUGUAACUGGCUUUGUAGUGUUACACAGUAUAGUUUACACUAGCUUUGUAAUAUUAAUACUAAUGUCUUGACCUAUAAAGAAAAGUGUAUAAUAAUAAUGUAAUACGGUGCCCUGAGAAAAGUCCAUCAGCUAAGGACUCCUUUUCUGGCUGUGAGGGGCAGUCAGUAAAGAAAGCAGUGGCUGUGUCCUAGCAACAAAAAGCAGAUUAACGUCAUAUCAGGAAAUUAAGAGAGAAGUGGUAGCAGGUCUGGAUCUGCACCCCAUUUCUCUCUGGGCUGUUGCUAGUAUUCAGAGGAUUCACCUGCCUAACACACUGUUGAUGAGCCUAGGCAGAGACACUGUGCAUCAUGAUUCCUGCUUCUCUGUUUGGAAAAAGUGACUGAGGAGCAGGUCUGGGCCUUUGCAAGAGCCAAUGGAGAGGUUGCAGUACUCCAAAGAGGAAAAUAAAACGACCUUGACAGUAAAGUUACACCUAGAUGGCCAUCUGUCCAAUCCUUUGUCCAGCCUUGGGACAAACCACAGAUGACAGCCUGUCUAAAUGGAGUUAAGAAAACUGCAGUGUCUCCCAUUGAAUGGUGAGGGGUUUUGAUGCUAUAAUCUAUCAGAUGUCAGGAUGUUUCAUCCUGCUAGAAGCAGAGUGGACAGGGAGAGCUAUCAUCUUCAUAAUGGGCUGCAUGGAAGGAACCUUAGAAUCUUUUCAACUAAUGGCUGAGAGAAAGAGUGGGGAUGGCAUUAGGAGGACAUAGAUGUGAGUCAGUCAGAGACUGAUUCAGUCUGCAGAUGUCUGGAGAAGAUAUGGGCUGGUCCAGAGUAAGGUUAACUAACUUGUACUUGAGAACUAUCUGUGCCAUUCUCAACUCUGAGAAAACUGAGCACCAAAGAUGAAUAGAGGAGCCUAGUGGAAGUGGAAGUGAACUAACAGGGCCUAGCACUAAGGAAUAAAGCACUCAGCCCAAACUGAAAGAAGUGUGAGAGACCUGAAGUGCAGAAAUAGUUCUGAUUCUAGGUAAUGGCCCUCCAGGCCUUGGACGCCUGUGUUAGCAAAGCUCAUCCCUGUAACACACCAUUUGUCUGCUGUGUCCUGCCCCUGACUUCAUUAGGUUCUAAACCUCUUGCUGGUCCCUAACAUGUUUUGUACAGAGUAAUCCUCAGUUGAUUUUUGUUAAAUUGAUUCAACUCUCCAUUUUCUGUUUCUAGUUUUACCUCUCACCCCUCGUAGUCUGAUGUUACUCCCACCGUCUUUCUAGCGCAUGUCCUUCUCCCCAGUGUCUCUUCAGUCCCCCUGGCUAGAAGCCCCUGAUUCAUCCCAAACUCUCUUCCUCCCUUUCCUCUAACCAUUGUACAAGAAAAAGAGUUUUUCUUAUACAUAUUGGUCUCAGCAACGAAUGAGACAUUUUUAAAAAGAGGUAGUUUCUGAAGACAGCUGGGAAGUUUGGCGUUAAAGAGGGGAUACCUGCUUUUCAGUUUGUAACCUUUUAUGUUCUGUA